CCCGUCCCCAUCCCACACCCCACAUCCCUCACGGCGGGCGGGGCGGGCGGUCCCGGCCAGCGGCGGGAGCGGCGCGGACUCACAGGCGAUACCGGAGCCGAGCGGGGCGGCCGCCGCCGGGCACGUGAGCAGGCGGGCAGCGGGCGGGCGUGCUCUCGCGAGCGCGGCGAGGCGCGCGCGGGGCUCGCGCAGCCGCCUCAGUCCCUCUCUCCCUCCCUCAGUCCCGCCGUCCGUCCGUCCCCUUUCCCCCGCCGCCGGCGCCGCACCGAGCGGGAGGCGCCGCCGCGUUGCGUCCCCGCCGGCCCGCAGAAUUGUCUGGUGUUUCUCAGCUUGAAGAAGAUCUGCAGUCAUUAUUGAUCCUCUUUCUUGGCGUUACCGUUUUUGAAGUGAAGUUUGCCUAGCUUUCUAGUGUGAGCUCUCUUUGCAGCCAUCUUAAAAAAAAAAAAAAACUAAACCAAAAGAAUUUUUUGAUCCAUAAAGUAGACAAGCUCUAGUUCUACAAUGUCCAAGUCAUUCCAGCAGUCAUCUCUGAGUAGGGAUUCACAAGGUCAUGGGCGUGACCUCUCUGCAGGAAUAGGCCUUCUUGCUGCUGCUACCCAGUCUUUAAAUAUGCCAGCAUCUCUUGGAAGGAUGAACCAGGGUACUGCACGCCUUGCUAGCUUAAUGAAUCUUGGAAUGAGUUCUUCAUUGAACCAACAAGGAUCUCAUAGUGCACUGUCUUCUGGUAGUACCUCUUCCCAUAAUUUGCAGUCUAUAUUUAACAUUGGAAGUAGAGGUCCGCUCCCUUUGUCUUCUCAGCACCGUGGAGAUGCAGACCAGGCCACAAACAUUUUGGCCAGCUUUGGUCUGUCUGCUAGAGACUUAGAUGAACUGAGUCGCUAUCCAGAGGACAAGAUCACUCCUGAAAACUUGCCUCAGAUCCUUCUACAACUUAAAAGGAGGAGAGCUGAAGAAGGUUAUGGUAGAGAUGGCAGAUCAUCCACACGGGAACCACCAUACAGAGUACCUAGGGAUGAUUGGGAAGAAAAAAGGCAUUUUAGAAGAGAUAGCUUUGAUGAUCGUGGUCCUAGUCUCAACCCAGUGGUUGACUAUGACCAUGGAAGUCGUUCUCAAGAAUCUGGUUAUUAUGACAGAAUGGAUUAUGAAGAUGACAGAUUGAGAGAUGGAGAAAGGUGUAGGGAUGAAUCUUUUUAUGGUGAGACUUCGCAUAACUAUCAUAAAUUUGACAGUGAGUAUGACAGAAUGGGUCGUGGUCCUGGUCCCGAGAGAUCUCUCUUUGAGAAAAAGAGAGGUGCUCCUCCAAAUAGCAAUAUUGAAGACUUCCAUGGAUUCUUACCGAAGGGUUAUCCCCAUCUGUGCUCUAUAUGUGAUAUGCCAGUUCAUUCUAAUAAGGAGUGGAACCAUCACAUCAAUGGAGCGACUCACAGCCGCCGCUGUCAGCUGCUGCUCGAAAUAUACCCAGAAUGGAAUCCUGACAGUGAUUCAGGACAUGGAAUGGGUGAUCCCUUUAUGUUGCAGCAAUCUACAAACCCUGCACCGGGAAUUUUGGGGCCACCACCACCUCCAUUCCACCUUGGAGGACCUCCUGUUGGGCCCAGAGGAGAUUUUUCUAUCUGUCUUCUGAGUAGCUUCAUGUUGGUGCAGUGGUCUGGAGCUGGAAAUGGAAAUAUGGCAGGACCCAGACACAUGCAGAAGGGCAGAGUGGAAACAAGCAGAGUUGUGCACAUCAUGGAUUUCCAGAGGGGAAAGAACCUGAGAUAUCAGCUGCUGCAGCUCGUUGAACCCUUUGGGAUAAUCACAAAUCACCUGAUUCUAAACAAAAUCAAUGAGGCAUUUAUUGAAAUGUCAACCACUGAAGAUGCCCAGGCUGCAGUGGAAUAUUAUUCAACAACACCUGCCCUGGUGUUUGGUAAACCAGUCAGAGUCCACUUGUCACAGAAAUACAAGAGAAUAAAGAAACCUGAGGGUAAGCCUGACCAAAAGACUGAGCCCCCAAAACCAGAGCUGGGCCGUGUGAUCCACCUGAGCAAUCUGCCCCACUCGGGCUACUCCGACAACGCCGUGCUCAAGCUGGCUGAGCCCUACGGGAAGAUCAAGAACUACAUCCUCAUGAGAAUGAAAAGCCAGGCCUUCAUUGAGAUGGAGACCAGAGAAGAUGCUUUGGCCAUGGUUGAGCAUUGUGCCAACAAAGCCCUUUGGUUCCAAGGCAGAUGUGUCAAAGUGGAUUUAUCUGAAAAGUACAAGAAACUGGUGUUAAGAAUUCCAAACAAAGGAGUUGAACUGCUGAAGAAGGAUAAAACCAGAAAGAGAACAUAUUCCCCAGACAGCAAAGAUUCUCCCAGUGAUAAGAAGUCCAAAACAGAACCUGCUCAGAAACCUGAAAGUGGCAAUACAGAAGAAAAAGCAAAAGAGGAGAAACAGGAGGAUGCUGCUGAGCCUUCAGGUGCCAAAAGUGGGGAACAGACAGAGCAGGAUGAGCCCAGUUUACUCCUGGAGUCUGAAGAUGAGCUGCUGGUGGAUGAGGAGGAGGCAGCAGCGCUGUUAGAAAGUGGCAGCUCAGCAGGAGAGGACGCAGAUGUUGCCAAUUUAGGUGAUGUGGCUGCUGAGGAAAAAAAGGACACGCCUGAUGAUGCGAGUGUAAAAACUGAGGGCAAUGCUGCAGCCACUCCAGCAGCCAAGAAAAAGCUUAAAAAGCGCUACGUGGGCGGCUUCCCCCGCAGCAUGGAGGGCUUCGUCACCCUGGACGAGGUGGGCGACGAGGAGGACUCCGACCACCAGAAACUGCGCAAGUCCGGCCUGGCAGCCAAGGCCGCGGCCAAGGGCGAGGACAGCCUGGCAGAGAUCAAGGUGGACAAGAUUGAGGAGCCAGAGCAGGAGAGUGAAACGUUAGAGAACGGAACGAAAAGCGAAGAGAACGCCAAGGCUGAAAGCGUUGAAGGUUCUGAUGCUACCACAGCACAGGAUGCUGAGAAAAGCACCCAGGAAAGCACAGACCCCCAGGGCGAGCAGGAAACAAAGAGUGUUCUGGAGAAACCUCUUGUCCCAGAUGAGUUUAGGAUUGGGCCGUACCAGCCAAACAUUCCUGUUGGUGUGAAUUAUGUGGUACCCAAAACAGGGUUUUAUUGCAAAUUGUGUUCCCUGUUCUACACAAAUGAAGAUGUUGCAAAAAAGACCCAUUGCAGCAGCCUUCCUCAUUAUCAAAAGUUGAAGAAAAUUCUGGAUAAAAUGGCAGAAGACUUCAGGCAAAAGAAAGAAGGUUAAAAAAAAAAAAAGAAGGAUGUAAGGAAAACAUGGCUUUGUUUUUAAUGUUAAUCUUUUUUAAAAGCAGUACAAGUAGUAGAUGGAGAUACUGUAUUCUUUUUUGUUUUAGUGAGAUACAGUAGGCAUUAUAGGUCUGUUCAUGUGUUAAAUGUUGUAGCAAAAAGCAUAUGCAGUUAAGUUAAUGACAACAGUUUGUUCUUAAUGUGAGAAUGGCAACAACUUUUCAUUUGACACUUCAAGCUAUUACAGAAAAAGAAAUCUUGCACCCUUGUGGAAAGCUCAUCUAUGAGAAGAAAACUGCGUUUAAAUGAAACUUACUACUUUCAAGCUUCAGAAAUUGUCUUUCAAUUCCAUUCUGAAUAAAAAAUGAAAAGUAAUACUGUAUUUUUAUUUUAUCUAGAACAUUCCGUAUUUUGGUCUGAGCCUAGCAGCUGUUUAAUUUUGAGUGUAAGGCUGUCAUUGCAUUUCACUUUGGAAAAGUCGUUAAAUGUAAGUUGCAUUUUUAAAUGUUGAAUUGCAGUUUCUUUUAGUGUCACUGCUGUUAUCUAUAGCAAAUAGAAAAAUUAGUGAUUAGUCAGCUUUACAACUUUGUGAUUUUUUUUUUCCUAAGCUCUUGCUAGACUUUCCUAUUCAGCUAUUCCGUGUAUUUUUAGUGAGAAGUAAAUGCCCAUUCUCUGACCAGUAUUAUUUCCUCGAGCUCUUCCUGCUUUUACUUGAAUCUCGUCGCUGUCGUACAUCUCUGGUAUAUCAAAAGCAGCAUUGGAGUCCUAAAAGGGACAGAGGUAUCUUUAUAUUCUUCACAUGGAAGUUUUCAUACCUGCAUUUUAACACCAUUUUUUUUGUUAAAACCUGGUUUUGUCAAGACUCUUUAGAACUGUGCAUUUAAUGUACCUGCACAUGUGAGAUGUGAACAGGAAUUUGCAUGUGUAACCUGUGUUUAUCUGUAGUUUUUGUUAUUUACUGCUUAUUUGUGACUUCAGGUUACUAAAGUGAUUCCCAAUAAACAAAGCUAGACCACA